CUCCGUGGCGCACGGGGCUGGCGCACGAAUAUCACCCUAAAUACUUGGCUUUAUAAAGGGCUGUGGAACGAACUCAUCGGCUUACUGAUUUUAUUUACUGAUGCUGACCAGUCGGGAAUAAGGGGCAGGCAUUUAGGUCAGGGGAAAAGAGAGGUCAUGUUUGAAAACACAAUGCGGGAAGACUCAUGCUCCUCAAUGGCAUCUCCGAUGGACAGCGCGGGGAACAGCGAGGAGGAGGUGGAACGUCAACCACGGAGAGCAACAAGAAAACGGCGGGCUAAUCGCAGGGGCAUGGGAGAGAACGUUGGGGACUUAAAUAGCCCGAGCCCGGGGAAAAAAGGAAGGAAAAGCGGCAGUGGCGAGAGUGAAGCCAGUAGCCCACAGUCUUUGGAGGAUUUGCAGACGCAGCGCGUAAUGGCAAAUGUGCGUGAGCGUCAGAGGACUCAGUCUCUGAACGAGGCUUUCGUAUCGUUACGUAAAAUCAUCCCUACGCUACCAUCAGAUAAACUCAGCAAGAUUCAAACACUGAAGCUCGCGGCGCGGUACAUCGAUUUUCUCUAUCAGGUUCUGCAAAGCGACGAGCUUGACGCGCGAGGGGCCAGCUGCAGCUACGUGGCGCACGAACGGCUCAGCUAUGCAUUCUCUGUCUGGAGGAUGGAGGGCGCUUGGUCCGUAUCUGCUACAUCCCACUAGCUACUCCUGCGCACAGAGAUCACUGCAAAGAUAUAAACACGACUGUCUCUGGGACGGGCUCUGAGGAGAUGGUAUCAGGAUGUGCAGCCGUGCUCAAACUAAACGUUGGAACUAGGGUCGACCUGAAGGACUUCCAUUUAUCCAACGUCGAGGUCAAUAGGGCGUGCAUGCCAUGGCAAGGGAGCAUGGACAGUACACAAACAAUGGGCGUGAACGCGCACUAUCGAAUCUCAAAAGUGACAUUAAUUACAAUUAAAGUUGUAUGAUGCUGGCAGUAUACAUUCUGAGCAGUCUGAAGACAGAUUCAGCGCAAUGUUAUAGUUUGUCACAUUUAUUGCCAUGUACAUGUUAUUUAUUUAUUUUUCUAGCUUUAUGAAAAAUUCAAAGCCUUCUGAAAUACAUAUUUAUUUAUGAUUUUUUUACAAUGCAUUCCUUUUUGUAUGUUGUAGGA